ACCAGCAGUGUUGUGAGACCAAGCGAGAUGGCUAGUGCCAGCUAGCUAGCAAAACAGAAGGACUUCCGGAGGAUAUUUUCAAAAUAAAAAAGCUCCGACGAGAGCACGAUUCGUUUGGUUGACGUUUUCAAUAUAAUACGUUUACUGACACGCUUAAAGCCCUCACAGACGAAUACAUAAUGGGUUUAUGAGUAUGCUGCAACGAUUGGUAGCGCGUAUUCUUUAUAUACGCAAGAUCGACGAACGUACUGCUUUUACUUUAGUGGGAUCUUCCGUAUUCCCAGCCCAACGGUUGUUAGCUCUAUCUUGACACAUACAAGAAGGGGUGAAGUUACAAAGCCUGGAACCAAAACAAGGCAUCCUGUGGUGGACAAGGACGCCUUGUUAUGAAUGGGACCCACCUCUGCUCACCGUGUGUUUUUCGAGUCAAAUGCCUUUUAUACCGCACGAACUGUCGUCUAUCUGAAAUCGGAGCCCCGGUGGAAAAUACGGUUUGCCCUCAAGAUCAAUAUGUACUGUCCAACACUGACAAACAAGAAGAAGCUCUUGUAGCUGGAGGAGGAUUGCCUGCCUUAACUUUUCCUCCUCCUCCUCCUCCUGGCCCUCCUGGGAUCAAUGACGGGACCCAACUCCCCAAGCCGGUCCGGCACCACCCCGGCCAAGCUGAGCAGGCAUGGCCGGUCCAAGAGCACCAGCUCACACUGCCUCCUCCGCUGCAGCACCCAGGAGGAUUCCUCCACUUCUCCCCCUAAUAACAGCUCCAGCUCCCCUGGGGAGGAAGAGGAGAAGGAUGGAGGUGUUCUUUUCUACGUUAACAGGACCGGUUUUCCCAUUGAGAGCGUAACCUGGGAGAGGAUGUGGUCCCAUGUGGGUGCUGUGCACCCCGAGGGCCAGGAGAUGGUGGACAGGAUACGAAAUGCUGCAUAUCUUCCCAAGCUUGCUGUUCCCUCAGUCCCGAACUUCAAACCGUCCAUGUCGGUCCCAGACUGGCUGGUGGCCAUCCAGAACUACAUGAAGGCUCUGCAAUACAACCACACUGGAACCCAAUUCUUUGAAAUCAAGAAGAGCCGUCCACUGUGUGGGUUAAUGGAGACAGCAAGAGAGAUGAUCAGGGAGUCUUUGCCAAUCAAAUGUCUCGAAGCCGUCAUCUUGGGAAUCUACCUGACCAAUGGGCUGACGUCUCUCGAGCGUUUCCCCAUCAGCUUUAAGACCCAGUUUUCGGGCCACUGCUUCCACCACGUUGUGCUGGGCGUCUACUGUAACGGCCGCUAUGGAUCACUGGGCAUGAGCCGCCGCCAGGACCUGAUGGACAAACCACUGACCCACCGCACACUGGGAGAACUGGUGGCCGAGUUCGAGAGCUCCUACAAGAGAUACCAGCACACUCUGAAGAAGGUGAAGAUCGGCCUGUAUGUGCCUCAUGACCCCCACGUCUUCCAGCCAAUCGAGUGGAAGCAUUUGGUGCUGAAUGCUGCCCGACUGGGAGCUCAGGAGAUGAGGAAGGAGCUGGAGAAACAUGGCCGGGACAUGAGGAUGAAGAUCCUUAAAUCGUCCAGUGCCCAGUCACCAAUCAAGGAGCGGAGCCGGGGGAAAUCCUUAUCACCACGACGACGACGACAGAGCAGUCCCCAGCGACGCUUCACACACCGCAGAGACAAAUCGCCGGCCUCGGUGGAGAGGAAACCCCCGGAGCUCAGCACUCUCAACGACGGCUACCAGAUCCGCAUCUGAUCCCUUACUUCACGUCCCAAUCAUCCCAAAUCCGUCCAGCCUUCUCAUCCACCGUGAUCCAAGAGAGUCUACCUGCAACCAAUGUUUUUAGGAGAGGAGUCACUGCAGCUAGAGCACCUCAUCUGACACAGACAAGGUGGAUGAUGAACACACAAAAAUAUGUUACAAGAGCUUUUCUGAGCUUGAACAAGAAGAACUUCUUAGAAGCUGAGACUCAGACAAAAAGUGACAGUUGGUCUGGUUUUAAUACGUCACGGUGGACCCUGUUUACCCGUUUGGUAGCAAUGAAUCCUUGACAACAGCCUCAUUAUCACACACAGCCUGAGAGUGGUCUUUCUUAUUCACUGACACAUUUCAGUCAUGUAGCAGAAGUGCUUACCCUCUGACGUAGGAUAAGUUCAGAAGAAGUCAUAUCAAUUUGUUUCUAGAUUUCUCAUAUUUCAAUCAACUGAGAGCUGUCGUGUCCUGACAACAGGUGUAACCAAGUAUUUCUGUGACUCCUCGGUGACCAUGUGUCUUAGAGAAGGUCUACAACAGGAAGUGAGAGAGAAGAAAGGGUAGAUAUUUGUUGAUACAAAUAGGUGAACAUAUUCUUCAGUGGUUGUGAGAGACAAUUAGCCAUGGUGGAAGAGUCGCAACAAAAAGAUAGCUUCUCUUUGCACAAAAUACACUAAAAAUAGAUUAAUUUGCUGGUGGUUUUUGUAUGUUGUUGUGUCUAAUAAUCACUUAUCAUAACGGCACUUCUAUAGCACAAUUUCACUACUGAAAGUUUAGGCAGUUCGUAUCUUCCUUCGGGGAUGGGAGUGGUGAUGACUACAGGUUUUCAUUUUGUUGCAAGUUUUCCAACAUGGCGGUGUUUGGCGAGCCAACAUGAGAUCAGAAGAAAGCAGGAGAUGCACGGGUGUAGUUGUUGUUGUUAUACCACUUUAUUCUCACUUGCCUGCUCACUUUUGCACUUUGGCUUCACCUUUAAGAAAAAGAUCACUAAAGGAAUGUUCACAAGUAAUGUUUUAGGUACAUUUUGACUUUUCCAAAACCUUCCUGAACCGACAGCAGUUUAAAUACGAUGACUAAGUAGACUUCUAUAUAUAUGUGGAUUCUAUUGAUCGGAGUCUAGAAUAGAGAGAGGACGUUCAAUAAAGUAUGCAGGGAAAUCAGACACAGUUGAUAGAGAGGAAAGGGAAGGAUAAAAGAGAGGAAGAAGAAGAAAAGAGGUGGAAAGGAGUGAGAAGAGAAGAAGUGAUGUAGAGAGGAUUCACUGCAGAGGAUCGGAGAACGAUCAUUAUAGCACUGCGGCAAACCUGCCCCCCCCAUUCUCCUCUUCCUCUGCCCUCUGUUGACACAACUGAAUACAUUACCACAGCUCUGUUUCCAUCCAAGCUUUCUGAACAUCAAAGAAAGUCCUCAAACAGAAAAGUGGAAUGGAUCGAUCAUCAAGUCCACAUCAUUAUUUAUUUAACAGAUUGAUUUCUGUUAUUUAUUGUGUAACUGCAAGGGAAAAAACAUCUGUUGGACGUUUUUACAGGUAGAGUAACUAAAAAUGACUCUACCUGUGUUGUUGCACCUUUUAAUCUAGACCCAUGGACAGGAAAAAUUGGACGGCUCACUACUUGAUUAAAGGGAUGAGAAAGAUUUUUUUUUUAUUUUUAUUGUUUCACAAAAUUGUGACUUUCACCUCUUCAGGCCUCUAAAAGUCCUUCAAAUGAAACAAUUUUAAAAAGAAAAAUCAUUCUUUGGUUGAACUGCUCACAGCUCAUCCACACUGAAUCCAUAACCUGUGAUGAAGGGCCACAAGUAGACAUGGCUUCAUUUUAAGGGUCACAAGGCAAAAACGUUGGGAACCACUGAUCCAAACCAGUGGUUUUUAGAGGCCUGAAGAAGCGAAGAUAUUCAGUAUUACAUAAGAGAAAAAAAAGCAAAUAUUAGAGAAAUAUCAGAAAAAAAACAAAGUGUGUAACACCAUUUCCUUCUUUCUUUCUCAUCCCUUUAAUCAACUUGUGGUCGCUCAGAUUUUGGAAAAUACUAGUCUAGACAGUAAUUGUUUGUAAAAAGAAUUAAAGAUACAUUACCUAAGAUUGAAAUAUGAAUGAUAUAGCAUCAAUCACACAGUCAAUAAAUAGAGACAUAAAUUGAUAGGUCAACAUGUUUGGCAAAUGAGAACAUUGUGGGUUAAACUUGAUCUCCAAAAUUCAAUCACUAGUAUUUCCAAAACAAGUUAGCAGAAGGCUAGCGGAGUUUCGUGUGUGUUGACCAAACUCAGCUGUAGCCAACCCCUUUGUUCACACAGUAAACUAACAUACCGUUAGCCAGCCUGCUGCUGCCUUCACAGCUGGAAAAUAAAAUGAUUCAGCUGUGGUUCAGCUGAAGCCAGUUUGUCCACUCACACAAACAAGGAGUGAUGGCAGAUGUUGUUGGCUGAGUGAACACUCUGUAACAAAGGCCUCAUUCAGGACAGAUUUAUGUGGCAGGGGAAUGUAACACUCUGUGCACGCUGUCAGACGAUAUUAAAGGCAGUACGGACUGCGAGGUCAGGGCCCUUCGAGGUCUCUGAGAUAAUUGUUUGGUCAUAAAAUGACAAAAAUACUUUUCUAUUAUUGAGAUUUUCCAUGUUUUAAUCUGAACAAUAAACUGCCUUUUGGUUUAAUACUCUGAAAACAGAAGUCAGAAAUUGUGAUUUUGAGUCAAAGGACACCCUUGUAACAUGAGGGUGCAAAUCCACUCUGCUUUGUAUUUGACAACCUAAAAAGUCAAAGUGUUUGUGUCAGUGCAGUUUUUCAAGCAGCAGCUCAUCCUUUCAGUUAUUUGCCAGAGACAAAUAAGAGUCGGGAAACCACGAAAGUUCUCCGAGCAACUUGAUGAAUCAUCCUUUCACUCUGUGAAGCUUUGGUACCAAGUGACCUAUGAGAAUCCAUUCAGUACUAUAUGCACGGUUUACGCUCAUAUGCAUGAUGUAUCAUAAGGAUUGUCCAAAAAUCAAAUCAAGUUUGAAUUUGAUUGUUUUUUGGAUUCUCCUGUUGAGGCCUUCGAUGAAGAAGCUGAGAAGCUUUAAAUCCCACAUCACAUAUAUCCAGUACGAUAAUCAUAGUUGAUUUUAACCAGUCUGAUACAAAUGCUUGAAAUGACUGUAGAAUAUCACAUAUUAAAGCCGGAGAUAAAGCAGUGUUCAGUUCUUAUCACACAAUACAGAAACCUGAAAUCAAAACAGAUAUUCAACACAUGCUGUCAGAUACUGUACUUAAAUAUGUAUGUACAUCUAAAUGUCUAAAUUCAUGUUUGUUACAUCCACAGAAUGUACUGUACAGUUUUAAGCCUUCAGACUGAGAACUAUGUCAGUUUUAAUAAAAAAAAACAACAACAUAUGUUUAUAAGUACAACCUCAGCCCUCCCCCCCGACCAGCUCUAUUCACAGAAUUAAGGGGUUAGAUGCCUUGCUCAAAGGCACCUUGGGGGUAGUUAUUGGGAGAAGAAAAUAAGGGUUCAGAUUAAAUUCAUGAUUUAAAAAAGUAACUUUCAAGACUGGCUCUCUAAAGGUUUGGCUACUUGAUGAUAUAACUGUCUGUCUUUAGGAUACUUGAAAAAACGACAACUGACUUCUAUAGUUUUCAUUUGGAGGAUUAACGUGAAGAAAAAUGGUGUGUCCUAAAAUCAAGCUGGAUUCAGUUAAGCUGCACCAGGGAACCAAACGUGGCAAUGAGAGAUUUGUUGUUUUGGUCGCAUCAAUCGUCAGCAGGAGGAGUUUCAGGAGAUUGUUUCUGAAUAUUGUCAUUUGAUUGUUUUAUCACUUUUCUUGUUUCACGGUAUCUCACAGAACCUGUGCGGUUUCUUUGCCAACUGAAAACUACAAACAUUUUAUCCUAGGGUUUUGUUUCAACAACAAGCUAUGCACACGCUGUAUUAGAGAGCAGGUUUUGACAAAAAAACUAAAAUCCUAGUCUUCCACAAUUCAAGCGAUGGAGGAGGAAGAUUUGUGGCUCAAUCUGCACAGAAAUAAAUCUUGGUCAUUUAGAAUAAUUCUACUUGCAAAGUAAAACCAGGACCUUCUGGUAGCUUUUCUUCACAACGUAUAAAACACAGAACCUAGAGUUUUCCCUCUGAGUAGAUCCGGCCUGAGCCAUUAUCACUGAUUCAAGGUGCUGUGAGAAAAAGCUGAAUAAUUUUACAUAUUUCUGAUGUUUUGCCAGCGGUGGACCAUAGCACAGCCCAGAGACAGAGACUGGACAGUCACAUCUCCAACUCUGGCACAAACCAACCAGCUCAGCGUGUUAAUAUUUGUACUGAAGGUUAAGUGUUGAUACUUUCUAAAGGCUUGAUGUUUGUUAGCAUACAGAAGAAGCACAAAGCUGCUUUGUUUUGUUUUUUUUUCUUCAAAAUCCUAUUUCACACCGGUGUUGUGGACAAACAGACAAAGACUUGAUGCAUUUUCACACUGAAGAAGCAACAUAUCUUGGAGUACAUUUUUUAGGAAAGACUACCACAUAUUUUCUGACUGAUGUUCAUGUAUUUUUGGAUCUAUACAAAUGGAGAUUCAACAGUUACCAAGGACCUAAAGUUCACAAAUUUAUCUCGACGCACAAAUGACCAUGACAACUUUGGAGUUAAAGACAAACAUCAAAACUGCAGUUCUGGAGAUUUUACCCAACAACAGUGACAAACUACCUGACCGCUCAGCCGGGACACAGAAACUACGACAUGUUCAGUGUGACCGGAGUCAAUGACAAAACACAACCUGAAACAGUGAUACUCAUUGUAGCAACUGAAAUCUGUUUUUAUGUCAGUUCGCAAUAGAGACUUCUGUGCUUGACAAUUUAUCUUAUUGAAUGUUUUCUUUUUUGGUUGGAUUUUUUAAAUAAGAUUACAUUUGUGGUUUUACUUCUGUUUUAUCAAGACAUUUGGGUUUGAUUCAUUGAUUGUACGCUAUCAUUUUGAAUGAGAAACAUUUGUUAAAAAAAGAACACCUUGUAGUUGUAGCAGGUGUUCUUUUUGAUGGCCUUUUGAUUUGUUUCCAAAGUGCUGAUAACGCGUUUCUCAACUCCAUCUUAGUCCUAAAGUGACUGUACUGUAAAAUGUACUGUAGUCUGUUCUAAAAUCAGCGAUUAAUAGGCAACUUUUAACACGGAUUUGACGACACAAAGAUCUUAAAUCUCUGCUUUGGCUUGCUACAGGUCCAUUUUUGCAGCGGUGAUGUCAAUAAUAUAACUUUAUGAUUUUAACAUGAAUUCUGUUACCUGGUCUCUCUGUUCUAUAGAAACUACACGCUAGCUGACUUGCAUAUGAUAAUGAAAUUCGAAAUGUUCGCUGGACAAAAAAAAUUUGCUUGACAUUUUGUAUUUGUGCACUGCGGCUGCUGAAAAAAUUAGUUAUUUUUUCCUCCCAAAAGGAGAACCAAAUUAAGAGCAACAUAUCUAGACAAUGUCUGAAAUAAAGAUAUUUGAUUGACAUUAAAAAUGUCAAUGUGAAGCUUCCAGUGCCUCAGCAGUAUAAGUUUAAUCAGAUAAGCAUAUCUUUAUUUCAUUUUUGACUUUGUGUCUUUGGUGUGUGUUGUUUGGUGGAGUUGCCCAUGUGCAUUGUGCAAAAAAAAAGUGACUGAUUCUGUCAUCACAGUUGUAUUUACCAGUGAACAAGUUUAGAGCUUUUUGUUAAAAGGUGUCAUUCACAAUCACAACUAUUCCCUUCUUGUUUGGCUAACUGGUUUUGUUUUCCUGUUCAAACAUGUUCUGAAAUUCUGUGACAAAGCAUUUGUUUCGUUGCCCUUCUUUUUGCCCGUUUCUGGAAACAUUUUUCUUGUUAGGAACAUUUAAAAGCAGACAGAUCUGCUCUGUGCUGCUAAGAACAAAGGGACAGUCAGCCUUCUGUCAAACUCUUGAGUCUGACAUGGCAUAAGACGAGCAAAAAUUCAGUGUGAUGUGUGUGUAUGUGUGGGAAUUGAACUCCAAACCACUGUAACAGUAUUCAGCCAGCGUCUUAACCGAUCGAACAGAGCUCACUGGACUGACUGGAGCCAACAGACGGGGCCGAGGAACUCGGAGUGAUGAUUUUAACAUGUGGAAACACCACAGAGCGCUGAAGAGCUGGCCUACACUCACACUUAUUAUUUUUAAAGAGCGCUGUUGAGUCCGUCCAGGUUCCCUCUGUGAGGACGUGGUGUGGUUUUGUAUUCCUGUGGAGAUCAAUAGUAGGAGAUGAUGUUACCCCCCCCCCCCCCUCGUCAAUAUUAUUAUUGUAACUUUCCUGCUGUUCAUCAGUGGUCUGACAGCAGCUGUUUUUAUCAACAACUGUAGCAGCAUGUGUUCUUUUAAUAAAUGAUCUAUGUUUUUAA